AUGAAUAGACGAAAAAAUAAAAAGAUUGAGUCAAGUCGUCUUGCUUUAAUGGAAUUUUACCUGGAGAUUAAGAUUGCUGAUAACUGGUUCCCCCCGGAGCAAGAGACAUUUACCGAAUUUGUAGGGGGAAAAAGUCAAUUAGUUCUUAUAUCAUCUUUAGACGAACGAAUUUGGGAUAUCUUGGAUGACGGGAUAAAAAAAGAAUUUCAACGGAUCUGUUCGUCUGUUGACGAAUUAUUUAAAAAUAAGAGGAAAAACCAACCUCUACAAAUUAAUUUCUAUCAAGCGCCAUCUUCACCAUCAUCGUCGGAACAAAGUACCAACAACAACAACGAAGAAAGCGUAAAUACCGAAGAUGCGCUUACAGAAAUUGAAAAAACAGUGUUCAACGAACUGUUUAUCGACCAAACAUUAACUUAUUAA